UUUUUCUUCUUUUUCCUCAACAACUUGAAGUGUGGUUUGGUGUUAUGUUGGUUCGAAUUUUAAAUUCGUUUAAUUAAUUAAAAUAGUGGAAAAUAAUUAUUAAAAUAAUUAUAAAAUGUCGGAAUCACUUCAACUGAAAGGUACUCUUCGAGGCCACAAUGGCUGGGUCACCCAAAUCGCCACGAAUCCGAAACAUCCUGACAUGAUUCUAUCGUGUUCACGUGAUAAAACUUUGAUCGUAUGGAAAUUAACCCGAGAUGACGUUAACAACUACGGCGUACCUCAGAAAAGAUUACACGGUCAUUCUCAUUUCGUCAGCGACGUAGUUCUCUCCUCCGAUGGUAAUUACGCUCUGUCCGGAUCAUGGGAUAAAACUCUUCGUUUAUGGGAUUUAGCUGCUGGAAAAACCACCCGAAGAUUCGAAGAUCAUACUAAGGACGUUUUGAGCGUUGCUUUCUCCGUCGAUAACCGUCAGAUUGUAUCUGGUAGCCGAGACAAGACCAUCAAGUUAUGGAAUACCUUAGCCGAAUGCAAAUACACGAUUCAGGACGAAACUCAUUCCGAUUGGGUAUCUUGCGUAAGAUUCUCGCCGAAUCAUCAAAACCCCAUCAUCGUUUCUUGCGGUUGGGAUAAAAUGGUCAAAGUUUGGAAUCUUACCAACUGUAAGCUCAAGAAAAAUCACUACGGACACAGUGGCUACUUGAACACCGUUACUGUUUCGCCCGAUGGUUCUCUGUGCGCUUCUGGCGGAAAAGACUGCAAAGCUAUGUUAUGGGAUUUGAACGACGACAAACAAUUGCACACUUUGGAACAUAACGAUAUUAUUACAGCCCUGUGCUUCAGUCCUAACCGUUAUUGGUUGUGUGCUGCAUAUGGUCCUUCAGUCAAAAUCUGGGAUUUGGAAAGUAAAGAGAUGGUCGAAGAACUGAAACCUGAAGUUGUAAGCUCAUCGACGACUAAAGCCGAACCACCACAGUGUCUAUCGUUAGCUUGGUCAACCGACGGACAAACUUUAUUCGCUGGAUAUUCUGAUAAUAUGAUCAGAGUAUGGCAAGUUUCGGUUUCUAGUCGAUAAUUUGCUAUGCUGUAUUGUUAAUGUUUUAUAUUUACGAACGAAUAAAUUCGUGAGGAAACGGAA